GGCCGCGCCGGGUCCGGCCCGAGUUCCGGGCCCGCGGCCCUCUGCCCCGCGUCUGCUCCAGGUUUGUGGCGGCCCGGCCCUGGCGUCCGGCGGAGAGUGGACCAGGUGGAACCAGAGUCGGCGCGAUGAAGGCACUGAUCUUGGUGGGCGGCUAUGGGACACGGCUGCGGCCGCUGACGCUGAGCACUCCGAAGCCACUGGUGGAUUUCUGCAACAAGCCCAUUUUGUUGCACCAAGUGGAGGCCCUUGCCGCGGCAGGUGUGGACCACGUGAUCCUGGCUGUGAGCUACAUGUCGCAGGUGUUGGAGAAGGAAAUGAAGGCGCAGGAGCAGAGGUUGGGAAUCCGAAUCUCCAUGUCCCAUGAAGAGGAGCCUUUGGGGACAGCUGGGCCCCUGGCCCUGGCCCGGGACCUGCUCUCCGAGACGGCAGACCCUUUCUUCGUCCUCAACAGUGACGUGAUCUGUGAUUUUCCCUUCCAAGCCAUGGUGCAGUUCCACCGGCACCAUGGCCAGGAGGGCUCCAUCCUGGUGACCAAGGUGGAGGAACCCUCCAAGUACGGUGUGGUGGUGUGUGAGGCUGACACAGGCCGUAUUCACCGCUUUGUGGAGAAGCCGCAGGUGUUUGUGUCCAAUAAGAUCAACGCAGGCAUGUACGUCCUGAGCCCUGCCGUGCUGCAGCGCAUCCAGCUGCAGCCCACGUCCAUUGAGAAGGAGGUCUUCCCCGUUAUGGCCAAGGAGGGGCAGCUAUAUGCCAUGGAGCUGCAGGGCUUCUGGAUGGACAUCGGCCAGCCCAAGGACUUCCUCACCGGGAUGUGCCUCUUCCUGCAGUCGCUGAGGCAGAAGCAGCCCGAGCGCCUGUGCUCGGGCCCUGGCAUCGUGGGCAACGUGCUCGUGGAUCCAAGUGCCCGGAUUGGUCAGAACUGUAGCAUCGGCCCCAACGUGAGCCUGGGGCCUGGUGUGGUGGUGGAGGACGGCGUGUGCAUUCGGCGCUGCACGGUGCUGCGGGACGCCCACAUCCGCUCGCACUCCUGGCUCGAGUCCUGUAUCGUGGGCUGGCGCUGCCGUGUGGGCCAGUGGCCUGCUCUGUCCCCGGAGGUGCGCAUGGAGAACGUGACCGUGCUGGGCGAGGACGUGAUCGUCAACGACGAGCUCUACCUCAACGGGGCCAGCGUGCUGCCGCACAAGUCUAUCGGCGAGUCGGUGCCAGAGCCGCGCAUCAUCAUGUGAGGGGAGCCCCCGGCCAGCCAAGCCACUGUGCCCUCGGGCCAGGGUGAGGGGCGCUGGCUCGGCACCUCUGAGGGCCCUGGACUUGGUGCCAAUUGGCUGGGGAGGACUGAAGGCCACCGGAGCUUGUUGGACACCUGCCUUCUCCACGGGCUCCCCGUUGGGCAGCCUGCACACAGCCCACUCCCCCGAA